AUGAAUUAAAGCAAUCAAAUAGUUUAAAGUGAGAGUUUUACAAAAGCCUCCAAGUCCACAUAGCAUCUGCUAACUACGCUUUAAACUCUUAUUAGCAAGGAUCAGAAGCAGAGUCAAAAUGUGAAAAAUCCAGGCAAUGCUUUUAAUCAAGAAUAAGUGGUGUAGAAUAAGAUUAAUUAGCAGUAGAAGUAUGGAAAUGAUAAUAAUUUUAUCCAAUAAAAAUACCUCUAAAAUGCUCAAAUUUAACCACACCAUCUAAGUCAUCCCAAAUCACAAUCAACACCAAACACUAUUCACAAACAGAUUAAUUAGAAAUAGUUUGACUAUGAAGUGAUAGAUAAGUGCAAGGAGAAUAUGCGAAAGAGAAGACUACUGUUUCAAGCAGAGAAAAAGGACAUAAAUGAUACAUCAGUUAACAAUACAGUAAUCGAUAGUGAUAGCUAAAUCAGAUCGCAAGAUGCAAGCGUUAUAAUCAAGCAAUAAAAAGCAAUAUCAGGCAAUAAAAACACACUUUGUGAUUUAAUCUAACAUGAAAUAAGCUCCUCUCAACAUCUAUCGGGAAUAAAUGAAUUUGAUGAAAGUCAAGAAUAAUAAUCUAUGAUAUUCAAAGGAGAGAGCGAAACAACAAGCAAAUCUUCUAGUAUGCUAAGUGAAGAAAUAUCUCAGACCUGGAUGAAUGAUCCAGAAUGGCAUAGAUAUUCAAGCAAGCUAGAAAAAAUUGCGAGAUGGCAGGAUAAAGUCUAAAAAAAGCAUGGAUUCGAUCCCUUUUAGUAUUUUGGAGGUAUAAAUGAUUCAGAUGAUGACUUAGGUGACUGCAGUUCGAAAGACCCUAGAUUCAGCAAAAUGUUUGGGAAAGAUAAUAACAAAGUUUUGCAAAAUCAAUACUUAUCAGAAGAGAUGAAAGAACUAAUAUAGAUUAUUAAAAAUGGUCUAGGUAAAGAUUUACAUGAGAUUUCUGAAUAAGAUAUUAUCCAAAUCAUCUAACAGUAAAAGAGUUUGAAGAAAUAGGUUAACGAAUAGGAGUUAAAACAGAUAGAAUAAUAUGAGUAAAACAAAGAAGAGCUAAUAACUUUAUAAACUUUGCCUAAUGAUAAUUCAAACAAAGAUACUUAUUUCCAAACAGAGUAAAACCAACAAACCUUCUAUUCUACUAAUGAAUAUUAGGACAGAGAAAGCAACAAUGCUCAAUAAAUUAUUUAAGAUAACAACGAUAAGAAUUUAAAAUUUAACGAUCAAAGAGAUUCAGUAUCUACUUCAAGUAGUAAUUAAAUAUCUCAUGACAAAGUUCAAAUUAUUGACUCUCUUUUAACCAAUCAAAAUAAUGACUCAAACUAGAUUCAAAUUCUCAAUCAAGAUUUAAGCUAUGAUCCUUAGCAUUUGAUAGAGAUUCAUAAUAGCAGUCUAAUGUCUAGUGGACUCUAAUCCAAUCCAGGGAGAGUAAAUCUGUUCAAGCUUUAAAAAUAAAAUUCUAAUAACUCCAUAAUUAGAUAGAGUUAGAAAAGCCAGUCAAGAUCUAAUUCAAGGGAAAAGAAAAAUCAAUACGCAAGCGCAUAAAAGAAAUAGCUCAUUACUAAAAGCAACAGUCUAAUAAAGAAAAUGGAUAGCAUUUCAUCAACAUCGAAUAUAUGCUAGCAAUUGAUAAACAACAAAAUACCCCUUUAUAAAUAAAGGAACAACAAUAAUGGAAUAGGCUUAACCUCCUUACCUUCAAAUUAAUCUAUCAAAAGUGAUAUAUAUAAUAAGUAUGUUCCAUUAACUGAUAGAAGCUCUCAUCACUAAUCAUCUGCUACAUAAUCAAUAGUCUCUAAUCUUAUUCUUAGUUAGUAAUCAAUUAAGGGAGAUCUAACUAUUUAAGGAAGCAAUAAUACUACAAGUGUAGGAAAUCUUCUACAAGCGAGUCAUAAAGUCAAUUAAAAUAAUAGUAAAAAUUCAGGCUCUAUUGAAACAGUAAUGCCAGCUUAAAGUUUAAAGAAGAAUGCUCAAAAAUUCUCAAUUGGAGAAUCACUAAAGAAAAAUAGACCUUAAUCCACUAAAAAGGGAAAUGAAAUUCAUGUUGAUGAUGCAUUAAAGAAGAUUAAUAACUUUUAUCAAAAUAGUAUUGAGAGAACUGUGCAAACAUAGAAUAGUUCAGAAUCAUGCCAAAAUAGAAGUAAAUCUCCUAAAAUAGAUUUAAGUAGCCUCGUUAUCAAGAACAAGCACAGUGCACUUUUGAAAAAAAGUGGAUUUAAGCAGCCAACAAGCUCUAGUCAAACAAACGUACUAAAUCUUCGAAAUCUACAAUCAUCCUAAUCAUAAAAUACUCUGAUAAAUGUUUUCCAAGGAACAUAAAGCCUGUAAUAAUCUAGCAUACUAUCAGCUAGAAGUGGGAAUUCAAACCAAUAUUAAAUGAAUUCAUCAAGUUAGAAACAAUCUUUUAACCUUUGUAUGAAUCCUUACAAUUCUGGCUCUAAAACUUAGAGAGCCACUGUCCAAACUCUAAGAAGUAAUAACCAACAUUAACCUUAGUUAAAAACUAAUAUGGAUCACAUUGACAACUCAAAAAUCACACCAUAGACCACUAAUAAUCCUUAAAUCAUUAGAUUAACUAAGCAAAACAAUCAAAGACUUUCAGUAAAAGCCUAAUCCAAACCCAGAGGGAAUCAAUCAAAUCCUAAACAAAGGCAAAUCUAAUAAGCCUACAUUAAUAUGGUUCAGUUUAGCAAUGAAACUUCCAAUUAAACUUUCCAGGAUGAAAAUCAAUCAAUAAAUAUGAAUUAGUAACAGCAGUAAAAUUUAGCUCAUAAUCAGAAUUCAAUGCAUUAGAUCUGUGAGAUUUCCUUCUCUAAAGAUAGUAUGAGUAUCCUAAGAAAUUCUUAAAAUGAUAGUCAGUACUCAGGCGAUAUUAAACUAGUUUAAAUGCAGCAAAAGUCAAUAAUCAAAUCAAAUAAGAAUCUCAAACCAUCAAACAGACUUCCAAACAAUACUAAAACCAUCCAUCUUGGAACUAAUCAUAAUAGCUUAGGAGAUGAAAAUAAAAAUGUCAAUAUAUUAAGUUAAAGUUAAAAGCAAAUUCCCUAUGUUUAGUUGAAUAAUUUUCAAAUAAAUUAGCAGCAGUAAUAAAGAUUAAACACUAAUUCAAGCUCGAAUGUGUUAAGAGAUUUAUAGAUAAAUCUUGAAAAUGGAUCAACUAUGUUCAAUAUAGUGGAUGGCUAUGAUAAUCAGUAUUAUAUGAUGACAUCACCUCACUUCUCAACACAGGAGUACAGAAGCGAUAAAUUUAUUAGCUAAUGA